UGUGGUGUAAGAUCGACAAAACUUGUUAUUCAAAGUAUGAAUAGUAUGAAUUAAUAAGUUUGUUUACAUAUAGCUUGUUUAAUUUUAUUAAUGUGAUGGUAUAAAACAAAUUAUGGAAAAUCCCCUGACGGAUGAAAAUCUUAAUAAUGAUUUUCUGUCCCAGUCGUAUCACCAAGGUAUUGAAAGGAUUACAGGAGCCAAAAACAAACUAGGUAAUUUUCAAGUACCUGCAAAACUCUUUAAGAAUAGAGUGAAAACCUGGGACAAUUUGUUUGAUAAAUAUUCAGAACAAAUGUCAGAUGAUAUAGAAUUAAAUGUAAUGACUUUGGAACCUGAAGAAGAUGAAGAAGAAUAUAAUGAGAAAGAAUAUAGCUAUGGACAGCGAGUACCUAUGCGCAAACCAGCAACAUUGGUACAGUAUUGGAUAAAUACUGGAAAUACACCUUAUAAAGCACUUCUUGACAAAAAAGAAUUAUCUGAAUCUGGUACAUCUUUAAGUGAGGAAGAAAUUAUUUCCCCAUCAUGUUCUUCACUUUCAAACAAGGUAAAUGAAAGUGAUAAAAACAAACAUGAGAACAACACGUCUUUCAGUUCUGUGGAUACAGCAGCUUAUAUAUUAUCAAAUGCAAAUAUUACAAAAAAGGCAGAUAUUGUAGCUAUCAUAGAAGGUGCAAAAUCCAAUGGUGUUAAAUCUUCAGAAAAUGAUUGUGUUAAUGGUGCAAAGCUUAAAUGUAACGAUAAAAACGAUAAAACAGAGUGUAUAGAGACUAUAGUGACUGACCAUGUGAUACGUAAUGAAAACAGUAAUGAUGUUUCACAUAACGAUUUUCAUCUUUCAAUGGAAAAUGUAACAACAGAAACUAAUAAUCAAUUGGACAUUAAUACAUUAGUAUCUAGUAGCACAACACAGCCUGAGGUAUCCUCACCGAGUUCACUUUGUGAUUCAUUAAGUAAAACAAAUGCCUUGAGUACUAGUCAAACCAAUUUAAACAAUAUUGUAUCAAUUUUUCGACAUUUUAACAAGGCAUCAAAACGAUUGUCCAUAGAAGAUAAAAGUAAGGACACUUCAGGUAAAAGUAAAACUUCAAGAGAACAUAGUUUCAGUGAGAAACCAGUUUCAGUAGAUAUGGAGGAAACUGUUGGGAAAGAUGCUAAUCUAAUGCCGCUUCAUCGUAAGAAAUUGUAUACUGGUAGGAAUUCUCCUGUAGAUUUGAUACUAUUUGAAAGACACAGUACUGAUCUAAAACAGUCUAACUCAUCUAAUACUAAGUUAAAUUCACAUCCUGCUUUAGAUCCAGAUAAUUCGUUUAGAAAAGAAAAAUCUGUAGUUCACAAAGAUAAAAAUAAGCGGUCUAUUUCCAACAAAAAAACUCUUGACUCUAAAAAAGUUCGGGCUAAAAGAAGGAGAAAGCGUUCUGUUUCUGACAAAAAUAUUACCAAUGAUGGAGCAAAUAUAUCAAAUAAUAAUAAUACUGUAAAUUCCGUAGUUGACAAUUCCUUACAGAAUUUAUUGGCUUCCCCUAAUAAUGUAGACAAAAGAGACAAUGAUAAUUUAAUCAUGAACAAUGAUAUUAACGUGUCAAUGAGAAACAUAAUACAAAAAUACAAUUUAACUUUCUUUGAUUUAAAUCCAGUAGUUUCCUUAGAGCAGAUUCCAUCUCUCAAAAUAUAUAAGUCGACAUCUGCCCAGAAAGAAGAUAUUACGCAAGAAAACAGAGUCCAUAAUGAUCCAUGUAUAUUAAAAUUACAUCACUCUAACAAGGAAAAUUUGGAAUUGAUGUCGAUGAUCACUGAUCAUCCAAGUAACCAAAGUACUAUUCUUAUUUGUGAAUGUACCAGUGCCGCAUUGCAAGAUUCUUCAUCUUCAUAUAGUUCUUUCCACCUGAGACUAAGUACUGAAGAGUAUGGUUCUGUUAUGAAUGUAGAAGGGAACAACAAAAAAUCGACGAAUUUGAAAAAUGGCAAUAUGAAUCAGAUCAAGGAAGCAUUUGUAAUACUAGAGCAAAUACCACAAUUGAUAAUUGAGAAAUAUACAAAUACAAGGCAGAUCACAAAUCAAAAUAUGAAUGACAUUCAAAAUGUGAAUGAUGAUCUUUCUAUUAGAUCAGAAAGGCUACGAAAUAAGCGUAAAAUGGAUUCCUCGAACUCGCAUAAAAUAAAUAUUAAGGAUUACAUCAAAUCUCGGGAAGUUAAAGUUGUAUUAGAGCGAUUACCAGCGGAUAUUGAUUUUAAGAGAAGUAGCAAUGAUCUAAAUAUGAGUCUUCCUGCUGAUAAGAAUAAAAUUUCGCAGGAUAAAAACAUGAAUAAUAAAAAAGAAAAAUCUAAAAAUAUGAUUGGAAGUCCGGAUGGUGAAAGUAAAAGGAAACGUGUUCGAAGGAUUAAAAAAAUUAACAAUCGUUAUUCAUUAAGAAUACAUAACACAUCUAAAAAAAGUUCUGGUAAAAUAAACAAUACGUCCAGUGAUUCUGCAAAGCAUGAUAAUAAAAUUUCUGAUAAAACAGAAUCAAACUUCACAUUACGGUAUAAAAAUCAUGAUAGUCGAAUAAGCCGGGCCAAGCGUAGAAAAUUAUCAGUUUUAAAUAUCUCAUCAGACGAGGAAGAUUUUGUCCGAUUGAUACAACCUCUCGAAAAAAAAUCGAAAACAUUAAUAAAAGACGAAACAGGCAAAACUCAUAUUACAAAAAAAAGUUUAUAUGACGAGGCUAAAUUAGUUAGUACGAACAAAGAUAAACGUAAAUCCAGUGAAAACACAAGCACAAUAAUUUAUUCUUCAGAGCGGAAUAAUUUGAGAAAGGUCAAUAGAUCGAUAAGACGGAGAAAUAGGCGAAGUGACAUUGAAAAGAAAUCCUUUGACAGUGAUGCGGCAUCAUCAAGUCACUCUUUCCAAAUGUGCAAAGAGAAUGCUAAGAGAAUCUCGCUCUUCCCAAACAGGAGUGGUAGUAAUGAUAGUAGUGAUAGUAGUGAGAGUACCAAUAAUGUAAAUGGACGACGAAAAAGUUAUGUGUUUUCUAACAGUAAAAAUAUAAGCAAAAGUAACGAAAGACAUCUAAACAAAGUGAUCAAGAAGAAUGGGAUAAAUCGUAAGGAUGAUACUUGCGUCACACUCUUCCAAACUAAAACAUUCAAUACACAAUCCUCAGAUUCUGAUAGAAGCAACAGUGAUAUCACACCUAAUCAUAAGUCAACAACUAUUUCCGUACAUGACAAGGAAAGACUUUAUAAUGGUUCUCAUGCGAAAAUGCAUACUAGUAAACGAUCAGAUUCAUUAGAUUCUAUCAAAGGACGCAAUAUUGUAAACAGAAUGCACAAUAAAAGAAAGAUAUUGAAAUCAUCAGUUCACACAGUAGCUAACACAAACGAACAAUUUGACGAAAAGCUUAAUAAUAAUAGUAUUACGAUGAGAACUAUGCCUAAUUUCUCUAUUAUAAUAAAUGAUAUACGAGACGCACUCGUACAAAAAGAUAACAAACUUUCAGAUACUUCCUUUCAGAGUAAUGACCAUAAGUUACGAAAUAGACAGAUACUUGAGAAACAUAAUUUGAAAAAUUCACAAGUCAGUCAGCAAUGCAAUGUUGAAUCUGCAAUAAACAAGACAUUGGUAUUUCAGACAAAAAGUUACUAUGAUUCGGAUUCAAGCGAGUAUUGUUAGCAUCUACUCUAUAUAACUUCGUGAUAAUAUUUAUCAUAUAUAUUUAUGUAAAAUUUAUAAAUGUACAAAAGAGAUUCGAUAUAUAAAUUUAUUGUGUAAAACGUAAAUAAAUAUCAUCAAUAUGCGAGCA